UCAGGCCGAUGGGUGUGUCGGGCAGGAGGUGAUAUUUGAAGGGCUGAGCGCCGGCGCCUGCCGCGGAGCGCCCGUGCCGAGCAGUGGGUGACAGCAUGGCCUCCCGCGACGCGCCGCCCCCCACCAGCUACGCCCCGCCCGACGUGCCCUCGGGGGUCGCGCUGCUCCUCACCAUCCCCUUCGCCUUCUUUCUGCCCGAGCUGAUAUUCGGGUUCUGGGUCUGGACUCUGGUGGCCGCCACUCAGGUGGCGAACCCAUUGCUGCAUGGAUGGGUGCUGUAUGUCUCACUCACAUCAUUCCUCAUCUCUCUACUGUUCCUGAUGUCCUACUUGUUCGGAUUUUACAAACGAUUUGAGUCCUGGAGAGUCUUGGACAGCCUGUACCAUGGGACCACGGGCAUCCUGUACAUGAGUGCCGCUGUUCUGCAAGUCCACGCCACGAUCAUUUCUGAGAAAGAGGACCUGAAACACUACUAUAUCAACACUGCAGCCUCGUUCUUUGCCUUUGUCACCACCCUGCUCUACAUCAUGCACGCCUUCAGCAUCUAUUACCACUGAAGGCUGGAGCCACGCCUGGUGGGGAAGGCUCCUGGAAAGCUCACGUGAUUGGCUCUCAAAGUAGCUUUCACCAUCUGCCAUCUGGAGGAGAAACAGAAGACCCACCCAGACGUCCCUGGGAUUACCAGACCAUCUUUCUAGAACAUCCACUGAAACCUAAUUGGCCUUGUGUUCUUUGGAUGUUAUCAGCUAUGAUGACUAUGAGAAUGCUAUUUUCUUUACCCUGGGGAAGUGACUGCCUCUUGGAACUUCCUGACUAUGAACCCAGCUUUGAUAGAAAACUAACCUGUAGCCCUUGCACUGAGAAUCCCAGCUCUGCCAUUGUCACCCCUGCUUGGGGUUCAUUCGUAGGUUUAGGGAACAGUUGUGUUUUCUUAAAAUGCAGAGGCUCAGCAGCGGCCCUACACCUUCCUCUUUGGUUCUGUCUCUGCCCUCUCUCCCAGGGGCAAGCUUAUCUCAUCCUCCUCCCUUGCCUACAAAUCCCCACUGCCUUUGCAUUGGAAUUCCAGGAAAAUACAUUAAAAACAAACUUUGAGGGAAGAUUUGGAUUGGGGGGUGGAGGUUGAGCAGGGAAGGACACACCCAGCUUCUGCUUGAGUCAGGAUGCUCAAAAUCUAAAGAGCUACAGCCCCCGCCUGCAUCAGGCAUUCAAGACCCACCACCUGAAGAGCACAAGCUCCCUUGACCCUCAGAGAGGGAGGUGGAAAUAUUGCAUCCACAGAUUCACCUCUGGACUCCUUCCAGAGGAGCGUGGGAAGAAGAAAGUGCCCCAUUGUCUCGUGAAAGGACCCUUCUCUUCUGUGCGCACCUGCUCUCCUUAGGACUGCCCUAGGACUCAGCAUGGAAAGUCAUUGGCAUUUUGGGGCCAUUCUCAAAGAAAAAGCUGCUGUGUUUGCAGAAGCAUGGAAUCAAGGUGAUGGUUUCAAAGUAAAGGCUCUUCCAAAGCAAGCAGCUCCCAGGCCUCUCCCCACCUGGAAGGGUCUCAGCCUCUCCGGCAGGCCUCUGCACAGCUGGGUCUCCCGGGCACCCGGCCAGCAGAACGCAGCUCUGCAACUGCUGCAAUAGUUACUAUGUGAAAGCGACUUGUCCUAACUGAUCCCAGGCUUACUGUUUCCUAUCAGUUUUUCUGCACUCCUGAGGAAGCCUGGCCUCAUGGAUGCUCACCUGCUAAGUGUCCUGAGAUCUUGAAAAAGCCUCUAGUUCUCUCUCAUUUUGUUGCCUGGCAGCUGUCUACAAUGGUCACUGUCCAGUAUUUACUUUGUGGCCACAUGCAAAUAAAAGUUGUUUGU